AUGGUCAGCGAGGAACCACUGACCGAGUCGGAGGUUCUGGUCUGUAUCCAAAAGACGAAAAAUGGAAGAUCUAGUGAAGACGAAGGAAUUAACGCACAAAUGCUGGGAUGUCUUCCCUUGUCUGAGAUUUGUGAACUAGAGAAGAUCAUCUGUUCUAUAUGGACCGACGAAAGGAUACCUGACUCGUGGAGAAACACCAUCACAAUUCAGUUCACGAAAAGCUAUCUCUCAAAAACACGGAUCCCAGAAACUAUCGAGGAAUCUCACCGCAUAUGUAUAAGGUUUUGGAGCGAUCGAGGACCGGCUAAUCAAGCAUCGCUAAGAAACAACGCUCAACAAGCAAGUUCUCCUUUGUCCUGGUCGAUCUUCGAUUGA